UAUCGACCAAAGAAGGGCGAUUAAAACUUCCCCAUAGAAAAAUGGCGACUUGGGUCAGGUUAGGUGUUAGCGUGCGGAAUAUGCUCAGAAGUUUGUCGUCUCACAGAAAUGUAUGGUAUAGUCGUACUGUUGGAGCGGCACUGCUGAGCACUGUUUUGGCAGGCGGAUUUAUUCGGUAUAAGUAUGAUCCGCAAUGGAAACUGUGGCCCCACAUCGUGUACGCGGAGGAGGAGGCGAAGAAAGCAGAGACCACAGUGUCAACUGUGUCAACGAGACGUCUGCGAUUUAACCAGUUUGCCUCCAUGAUGUAUGAACAGGAGCCGUAUAUGACACCCAGGGACUUCCUCCAUUCAGUCAUGCUGGAGUAUGUGGACCACAAACUACAGAAAAAGAUCCUGACGAAAAGGGAUGUGGAGGAGAUGAUGAAGGUGGCUUCCAAGGCUGAGGCAGGAAGUAACCUGUUCAGAGGAAUCGGAGACAAAGGGCUUAUCUCUUACACAGAGUACCUGUUUCUCCUCACUAUUGUUACAAAACCUCAAACAGGAUUUCAUAUUGCUUUCAAAAUGCUUGAUAUUGAUGGCAAUGAGCAUGUGGACAAGAAAGAGUUUCAGAAGCUGAAGAAAAUAAUUAGCCCGAGGAAAAAGCUUCUAAAGCAGGGUGGAGCAGAGGGUUUAGACACUGUUGAUGAGGUCAACACCACACUACAGGUGUUCUUCUUUGGGAAAAAUGGCAAGAUGAAACUCCAUUACAAUGAUUUCUGCAGGUUUAUGGAAGACCUACAAGCAGAGGUGCAAGAAAUGGAGUUCCUACGGUUUUCUAAAGGGAUGAAGACCAUGAGGCGGGAGGACUUUGCUGAAUGGCUACUUCAUUACACCAAUGAAGAAGAUAAUGAGGCAUACUGGGAAAAUAUGAGAAAGAGGAUCCCCACUGGACAGAGCAUCACCUUUGAUGAAUUUAAAGCAUUCUGUCUCUUUACCAACCACCUGGAGGACUUUGCUUUGUCAGUCAAAAUGAUUAAUGAUGCCAGCAAGCCAAUUGGAAUGGCUCAGUUCAAACGAGCAGUAAAGAUAGCUACAGGUCAAGAGCUUUCAGAGAACGUUCUGGACACAGUGUUUAAAAUCUUUGACCUGGAUGGGGACAACUGCCUGAGUCAUAAAGAAUUCCUCACCGUGGUGAAAGACAGAGUACUUCGUGGGCUCAGGGUUCAACCCCAGUAUGGCUUUUCUGAUUACUGGAAAUGUGUGAAAAGAGAGACAUUGCAAGCAGCUAAAGAGGCACUUCGGGAAAUCGGCACCCCUGCCUGACAGGAGAAGGUCUGGCUGGUGUAUGUUUCUGGUCAAAUGUGGUUAUACUUGUAAUUUUAAUGCUUUUGGGGAGAUAAUUAAUUACCUACAAAUGCCAGGGUUUAAUUAUCUUGACUUGUUUUGAUCUAGUUUUAAUGAAUACUUUUCUUAGAAAAUGUUUACACAGGCCCAAAAUAUAUUGCUUAUGAAGUGAUAUUGUUGUUGGCCAAACCUAUUAAAUAGCCUAAAAUUAAGAAUAAUUUUAUAUAAAAAUAUGUAGUUUCAUUAUUAUGAGCUUUACCAUAAAUCUUGAAACAAGAGGUUUCACUACAUGCCAAAUCUGUGAUGUUCUUCAGACCUGAUUUAUUUUGUGAAAUGUUAUGAAAUUUGAGGUCUGUGCACACUCCAAAAAGAUUACACUGUCAGUUUGCAAAGCUUUUGCUUGUAUCGAGUGGACAUAACUUUUUAAUAAGAAACAUGUUUUAAUUGUAUUUACUUUAUAUUUUAUUUGGGAUGUGGCUGUGGUAUUGUUUACAUAUAACCUAAAUUGUAUUCUCUAUCAUGUGAAGCUUUGCUGUUAUAGGAGAUUAUAAUAUUAUCCUGUGGAAAAUUUGCAUGUAAUGCAGAUUUAAUGAAUUAUGUCAUUAUCACGGCAACACUCUUCAGCACUUUUAUACUGGGUGUAGUUGCUUUUUGGUGCUGUUUUGCGAUUGAACAGACAAUUUACAAAAGAAUAAGCUGACAGUUGUAAAUUUGAUUUUCAGUUAUGAAACUGACAGAUUUAACUGAGAAAUCAAGUUUUCUUCAUUUAAUUAGACUCCAGUUGAGUUAUUGUCAAAUCUGGGAUGAAAGUCAGUUUAACUAUUUUCUUAUUUUGGUUGUUUGCGUACUGUUAUUCAAUUUUAUUAGCCGGGACACUGUAAUGUUUUCAGUCUUUGAUUUUUCCCCCAAAAAUCUGAUUUUUUUCAUUUUUUAUUUCACAGAAUUAUGCUUGCUAACAAAUGUUGGUGUGUAUUUUGCAUUAAUAAAAGAGACUGUAAA